CCCACAAGCACCAGUCUCGACGUCCACUCCGCGCGGUCCGCCGGUCGUAAUCCCAUAACAAACUUUUUUUUAAUUUAACCUAAAUCGCGUGUGAUUUGUUUACGAAUGCAACACACCAACUUUUCAAAUAUUGGGAUUCGACAUUCUUAAUUUAAAAAAUUGUGCGUUCGGAUACUCUGGUGAUUGUGUUUGAGGAUGUUACAGGAUCCUUCAGUGCAAGGUACCUAACAAGAACCAGAACGAAACCAGUAAAGUGACUUGACUCAAACCAGGCGAAAGACCGCGGACGAUCGAGAAUCCCGAAUCCUACGAGCCGGAGACGUCACAAAAUGGCGUCUACCGACACUUCGACCUCCAGUCAAAUAUCUGCCGUAGCAGCUGAAGAACACAAGCGUACCGUCGACGAAGCGUUCCUCAACAAAUUGAAGAGUCUCGUCGAACGUUUGAGGCUUGAAAACGCAACCUUGAAGAAGUCGCUCGACAUCGAGCGGAGCGAGGGUAGAGCACUUAAGGCCCGAUUCAAUAGCGAAAUCAGAAAUUUAAAGACUGAAUAUAAAAAGAAAGAAGAUUUGCUAGAGAAACAAUUAAGAUCAUUAAACAAACCAGAAAAGUUCGAAGACUCAUUAGCGAGCAAUAAACUUCUGGAAUUGAAACGAUUGUCAACAGAAAUUCAGUCUUUAAAAACUGCAAAUAAAGGGCUUCACGAAAAACUCAAGGUUGCACAGGCGGCAGAAUGCGCUCGCGCUGCUGAGUUGCGCGCGCAGGUUGCUAAGCACAACGCGUUGGAACAAGCAGCGCGGAGAGAUGCGAGAGCGCAGUGUCAGAAAUUGCUGGAGGAAAUAAAAUCGAAAGAGCGAGUGAUCAUCCAAUUAAGGAGAGAGGCGGCGCGGACGUCAUCGCAGAAUGAACAGGCGCAGAGGAUGGAGUGCGGAACCUCAGAGUUCAUCAGAAAGCGUGGUGAUCAGGGAAAAGAGAAAAGCAAUCGAGAAGAUCUCAAAACCGACAUACAACAUAGGAAAGAAACAUUUUAUAGGGAGGCUCCGUCUGACGGCGAUUCGGCGGUGUCCUCCGCGCCCGCUUCGCUCUCACCACAGCCGCUCAACGAUAUGUGGUCAUGCGGGCAGUGCCGCAGUUCGGCGGAGCGCGCGGCGAGCGCGGCGCGCGAGUGCACGCGGCUCGCGGACGCGCUACGAGACGCGCGCGACCAACUCGAGCUCAUGGAGUUCAGGCUGCUCGAGCUAGAGGACGCACAUCCCGAGAAGGGUGCUAGGGACAACCUAACAGACUCGGAUUCGGGCUGCGUGUCCCCAGGCUCCCGAAUUAAGGACUCGGCAUCACCGGAACUAAAGCGAAUGGACUCCGGAUACAAGUCCCCACACACGCCAAGCAGUCCUUGCAAUCCCCGAAGGCAGCUCAAUACUCCGCACGAUGAAUUCAAAGAAGAUUUCGCUAAAGCGCAAGUCAUGGCAGAUAUUUUGGACAGGAAUUCCGAAACCAGUGAUUCGUUGAAGAGCAAUCCAGUGAAGGAACAUCUGGAGCAGAUGAUAUUGAAUGCUGCCUCGGUGGACGACAGGAGCUGCUUGGAACAAGUUUUGAUGAUGUUGUACAAUUAUCAAGCGCUAAGCAGUUCUGUUAGCGAAGACGAAUGCUUUCAGGCAAAACCGAAAAGAAUAUGUGAUUUGAGAUUACGAACGGAAACCGACAUACUAUCGCACAAAACUCACAAAGCAAUCGCGACCGUCACACCGUACCAGCAGAAAGGAUACAAAUCCGAAUCACUCGAGAGUCUUUGCGAGGAAAGAAAACCAAAUAACAUAUUGCAAGAGAGCGGUAUAUUUGAGGGCGUCGAAACUGAGUGCAAAGAGACUCAAACCGACCUUAACGAUAGCUUUGAAUGCAGCGGUGAAUUGAACACUGAAAUACAACGACUGAAUAGUAUAAGGGAGAAGUUAGAGAAGCAGAGUAGGAAUAAAACGCUUAGCUCGAAAGAUGAAGUUGAUUGUUUAGAAUGUAAGUGUGUGAAGUUAGGGAAGAAACACAAACAGUAUUACGAGAGGAGGCUCAAGUUCUUGGAAGGGAAGAUAUCGAUAUACGAAGCGGCACAGGAUGUUAAGGAGUCUAAAUUAGCGCAACGCUUGCAAAAGGAGUUCUUACUUGAGAAUAGGAUACAAGAAUUGGAAACGCAAUUAAGUGAACUUCAGGACAAAUACGAAAGGCUUGAAGAGGAAUGUUGUGAAUUAGAAGAAAUUGAAAAUGACACUCGACUACAUUGGCAACAGCUGGAAAUGGACUACGAGUUGUGUUCAGUGCAACUGAGAGACAUGACGGAACAGCGCGAGUUUUCCCGCGCGCAAGCGGAGCGCUUGCUGCAGGAGCUCGCUGAUAGAGAGUGUGCGCUGAAGUCUAGAGAGAACGAACUUCUAUCAAGGCUUAGCAGUUUGGAGCGAGCGGUGCCUGCGUUGAUAGCAUGGAAUGUCAUACGUGUAUUUGGCGCCGUUGUCGAUGUUGGAAGUCAGAGAGCGCUAAUAAGUCGCAUGGGUCCAUUCGACCAGGACACAAAGAAGACGAUAGCCACAAUCAAGCAGAUGCGUCGUGUUGAAGAGAGGAAUUGUACCGCGGUGGCUGCUUGGAACAAUAUGCAAGUGGCCACGGGAGGCGGGGUGAAAGUACUGGAGAAACAGAUCACAACAUUGCUCUCAGAGAAGAAACAAAUCGAACAAAAGAUGAAUGAAGUAUGUAAAAACCUUGAAGCUAAAGUAAAGAAGUUGGAACAAGAACUAGACACGGCGAGGAGACAAAUCGCGGCCGCUGUUAAUGGCGCUGAUAUCAAGAAAGAUAGAAUUGAAGAAAAAGUUGAAGAACUGGAAGUCAAAUUACGACAGGAAAAAGAAGAUGAGAAGCUUCCAGCGGACGGAUUCGCGAGCGGCAAAAUAAGAGCACUAUUGCUGAGUGAACAAGAACUAAAGAACCGAGUGUCAGAAUUAGAAAGACGAGAGACCGCGUAUUUGGAGAUGUUGUCUCAAGCAGAUGACAUGUGGGCAGAAAUGGAGGGUGGUUAUAAGAAGAAGAUUGAGGAAUCGCAUGCUACAGAGAAUCUGCUUAAAGGAAAGGUAAUGAAACUAGAAAGUGAACGCGAUCAAUAUAAGAAAUGUUUCGAGCCGCUAAAGAAGAAACUACGUGAAGUAGAAGAGUCUGAAUCUGGAAUGAGAAUAGCAUUAGAGAAAGCAGAAAGAGACGCUAAAGCUUUAAAAGCACACAAUAAUCAACUAACAGCUCUGUUUGGGAAGGCCGAUGCGGAGACCAAGAAGGCGGAAGCUGCCUUUAAAAACGUCGAGAAUAAGUUUAAAAAAGAAAUAGACCACCUCCGUAAAAUGAACAAACAACUGGAUGAGGAUUUGAAGAAUCAUCGCGAAGUAUCCAAAAAGACUGAAAUGACGUUUAUUGGAGACCUCGAAUGUAUCAGAAAGGAGCUGACUAGAGCCUGCAAGAAUAACCAAGAGUUGGAAGUUACUAAUAGCGAACUUAAGGAGGAGGUGGAAUCUCUGGAAAAGCAGCUAGCGUUAACGCAGAAAGCCUUGAACCAAUGCAAGCGGAAAUGUGACGAGAAAUUAAAGACGAUUAGUCACGAGUUGUCGAUAAAGACUGAAGAGUUGGAGGAGAUGAGGAGUGAGAACAUGCGACAGACGUACCACGCGUCUAGAGUUGAUCUCAAACCGGACAGAACUGAAUACGUUGAUGAAGGCUAUUCGAUAUACAACGCCGUACCAAAGAGCGAUUUCGGAAGAAUGCAUCACAGCAUGAGCUACAUCACCUCAGAGGCAAGAUGCUCCUGUCCGUCCAUGAGAAGCCAACUAGUUAGCCAGUUAAUAGAAGACCUGUUUGAUAGAAUACACAAUACCGUCGAUGACGACUUGGCUAGACUAUGUAAGGAGAUUGUCCCGGUUAACGGUGAAAUCACGGAAGAAUCAAAGGCAAAGAUUACCAAUUAUCUUCUGAUGGCGAUCUCGAAAGAACUCAUAAGGUCUAUCGGAGACGCUGACGCUAAGACUGACACAGAGGAAUGGCAACGUGCGGUAUCCUCAAUGACGUACUCCGUGUACGGCGCGGGCACUUGCGCCAAGGACUCGGAGCGGUGGCGCGGGAACGCGGGGGUUGUGCGCGGGGCCGCGAGGCUCGCGAGUGUGAGCUGUGCGUGUGCGGCCGCGAGACUGUGUGCCGCUGCUCCACACGCUGCUGCUACUGUGAAACAGUGUCAAGAGGAAGUUUUAGAGCAUGGCGAUGUUAAGAUUAUGGAAGAACAGCUAGCAAAUGCGAUAGAAAGUAUAGUUAAUUGUCCAUCUUGUGCACUAGGUACAAAUGCGAUAGUUUGGAGUACGGACGUCUAGUGUCACGUAUAUUUAUAUAUUCACCUCCACCGACCUCACUCUGGUGCCUUCUUUAGUCUAGACAUAAGCGACCUGUAUAUACUUUGUAUUAUAUAACACUUAGGUACACAUUAUAACCUUAAUAUACAAUAUUAUUACGACGAGCAUAUCGAACAAACAUGUACCCUUCUAAUUCGAAUUAAACGAGUUUCUUCCGUGCCAAUUGUGUUUCGUUUUUUGUGUAAAUAAUAAAAUAAGUUUGAAGUCGAUUAUUUGUACUAAAAAUCUCACAAAUCGAUUACUGUAUUACUGGUUUAUGUAUUUUAUUUAACGAAUGAUAUUUCAUUGAUGGAUUAAAUGAAUAUUUAAUAA